UGUCGGAACAGUUUCCUGUUUGGAGGGAAAUCUACAUUUAUCAAGUUGACAUUGAACAGUCAGCAUUAAAACAUGGUUUCUCUGUCUUUAAACUCGUUAAAAACAAUUAUGCGGGCGAUGGUGGACAGUCCGGGGUUUGAUCGAGUUUUAAGUAAGGUGGACAUUGUAACAGCCAGCCCAGGGAAAGUGGUGUGUGAGUUUAAAGUGGAAGAGGAGCACACAAACCGAGGGGGCACCCUUCACGGGGGUCUGACAGCAACGCUGGUCGACGUCAUCUCCACCACUGCCAUCAUGUACACGGAACGGGGAGCACCCGGUGUCAGCGUGGACAUGAACAUCACGUAUAUGAAUGCUGCCAAGAUGGGCGAGGACGUGCUGAUCACAGCCACAGUGUUGAAGCAAGGACGGACCCUGGCAUUCGCUACUGUCGACCUCACUAGCAAAGCCUCUGGGAAACUCAUCGCACAAGGAAGACACACAAAGCACCUUGGGAGCUAGAUCAGCUGCUCGGUCCAGGGUGAUGUUGCCCCUGGACACUGGUCUUGGUUCAGUUUAGCCCCCCCCUACUAAUGGUUAAUAUUGGGGGGGGCUGAUCCUAGAUCUAUACC